AUGUCUGGGAUGCAGAGGCGAUCCUUCGUAAAGGAGAAAUCACUGUGCUACAACUGCUUGCGACCUGGUCAUGGGGUCAGCAAGUGCAAGUCGACAUACAAAUGCUAUUGGGAAUCUUGCCCAGAUAGCAGGGGAGGAGCGUCCAACAACACUUCGGUGACUCUCAGUCAUUUCGCCCAAGGAGAGGGCACUCAAUCGGUUGUAUGUGCACAGGGCACUGCAAAAUCUGCACAGGAAACGGAAAUUAAGGGAAGCAUAUUACCAACUGCCAUGGUUUAUGUUCAAAACGCAAAAGGUGACCACGUAACAUGCCGUCUCUUAUUGGACACAGGCUCAGAGCUCUCGUACGUAUCCGAGCGUUGCAUUCAAGCUCUCGGAUUGACACGUUCGGCAUCACGCAUCUUGGUUACGGGCAUCUCUUCGGUGAAAGCAGACACGACAAGGGGAUGCAACACUUUGCAUAUCAAGUCCCGUAUCUCCGAGGAUCAUUUGGCUGUCUACGCCCACGUGCUAGGCAGAAUUACUUCUUCGCUGGAACGCCAAAACAUCGAUGCAUCGGCACUCGAGGCAUUCAAGGAUCUGCAGUUGGCGGAUACAGAAUUCAACACAAACUCACCUGUUGACAUUCUAUUGGGAAGCGAAAACGUAUGGUCGGUGUUUACAGGACGAAAGAUCAACGCUAUUGCACUGACUACAACAGUAGACAUAGGCGCCACGCUUCAGAAAUUUUUGCAAUUGGAAAACGUUCAAAGCAGCCCAAAAUUGGAUCCGGAGGAUGAUCAGGUCGAGAAGCACUUUCUCGCCACUCACAGUCGCGAUGAAAACGGGAAGUAUAUCGUGGAUCUUCCAUUCAACACUGAAAACCCCGAUUUCGGAGAAACUCUACAAGGAGCGCUCAAACGCUUUAAAUCGGUUGAGCGGCGGCUGCAACAGAACGAGCAGCUGCGAACACAGUACGUAUACUUUAUGCGGAAAUACACAAAUCUGGGUCAUAUGCGAGAGGUGCCACCUGAAGAAAACGCUACUGGAAAUCAGUUUUAUCUACCACACCACCCAGUUUUGGGUCGGAAGCUACGAGUAGUUUUGGAUGGAUCUUUUCGUGACGCCAAUGGUAAGGCUUUAAAUGACACCCUGUUUACAGGUCCCAGUAUCCAGCGCGAUUUAUUCGCUGUGUGCCUUCGUUUUCGAAUGUACAAAGAUCCAUCCGAUUCCAUCAAGCACUUCCAAUUGUGCACUGUAACCUACGGAACUUCAUGCGCACCAUUCCUGGCCGUGCGAGUGCUGGAACAACUUGCUGUAGAUCAUCAAGAGGAAUACCCAAAAGCGUCGAAAAUCCUGCUGGAGGAUUUCUAUGUAGAUGACGUUCUUACUGGGUCAAACAGUGAGGAUGAGCUACUUCGGAACCGAAACGAGCUGAUUCAGCUGAUGUCUCGUGCAAAUCUUGAACUCGGGAAAUGGGUAUCCAAUACACCAUGUAUACAAACGGAUGAUAGCGACACACAACUUGCACAAACGUCACCAGUAAAGGUUCUCGGACUGUACUGGCAUCCUGGAAAAGACAUUCUAACGUACAAUGUCGGUCUAGCUAAAAAUCCUGAUUGCACAAAGAGACAAGUCUUGUCCGACGUCUCGAGGAUAUUUGAUCCUCUCGGACUCUUGGAACCCAUUGUAAUCCAAUUCAAAAUCCUGUUCCAAAAGCUAUGGCUCUUAAAUAUGGAUUGGGAUGACCCACUCCCAACUAAACUGGCGGACAACUGGCUAAAGUGGAGAGCAGAUCUGGACAAUCUUCAAACAUUUCAACCACCACGAUUUGUCGCCAACGACCCGGACAACAUCGAACUCCACGGAUUUUCGGAUGCGUCAACCAAGGCAUAUGCUGCUGUGGUGUACAGCAGAGUCACGAAUGACGAUGGCUCCAUCUCGGUAUCCAUUGUGGCUGCGAAAACAAGGGUGGCUCCACUGAAACAACAAUCCUUGCCACGUGUGGAACUUUGCGCAGCACUUCUCCUCAGCCAACUGAUUCGCUCGAUAACAUCUGCAUUGCGCCACAAAAACAUAACUGUUUUUGGCUAG